AUGGAGUGGUGGAAGUUGGUGGUCAUAGUGGCUCAGAUACUGAGGGCUUUAGCUGACAACAGCCAUGGCCUCCAAGAACUUCCAGAGGUACAAUGUGGGGAGGAGAACAUGCAGAUCAUCGUGCCCCAGCACCUGAAGCAAAAUUCCAAGAUGAAGGUUUUAAGAAACUUGUCCAUAGGAUGGCCUCUGAUGGAGGGUCAUGUGACCAGAAAACUCCAGACAUUUCACUCGGUCUUCUCCGCUAAUACACCACUUGACACCCACUUUGUGUUGACUCUUGGGCUCACUAAGAAACAAGAUGGUGGAAAGAAAGUCACUGUGAGGAAGGAGAUGACUUGUGCUGUGGGAAUCUACCAUGACUCUCCAAUUCCAAGCCAGUGUGAUUCCGUCCUAAGGCCAGACAGACUGAGCUGUACAAGUUCUCAGGACUCGUGUGAAACUAUGGGCUGCUGCUACGAUCCUGCUGACAGUAUUACUCCAUGCUACUAUGGAAACAAAGUGACUGCCCGCUGCACAUCAGACGGCCUCUUCUCCAUUGCCCUUCCAAACACCUUGACUGUGCCCCCGCUGAACCUGACCUCUGUGCGACUGCUCCAAAAUGGCAGCCCAGAAUGUAAUCCAACAGCUAGCAAUGGCUAUUUCCUCCUCUACCAGUUCCCGAUUUCUGCUUGUGGAACCACCUACAAGCUGGUUGGGGACCAGGCGGUGUAUGAGAACCAGCUGGUGGCAUCCAAAACCUUGAGGACCUGGAACAGUAUAUCAAUAACCAGAGACUCCACCUUCAGAUUAUUGGUUCGCUGUAGUUUUGCAGUUAGCGGCUUACUCCCAUUGAAAGUGGCUGUAGUGACCCUACCACCCCCACCACCUGUGUCAAGUAUAGGACCUAUUAACUUUGAAUUGAGAAUCAGUUUAGAUUCCAGCUACUUCAGUUAUUAUACGGACUCUGAUUAUCCAGUGGUAAAAGUCCUGAGGGAUCCAGUGUAUGUGGAGGUCAGAAUCUUGCAGAGAAGCGACCCGAAUCUUGUCCUUGUCCUACACCAGUGCUGGUCCACGCCAUCUCCUGACCCUCUGAGCAGCAUCCAGUGGCCAAUACUUAUUGAUGGGUGUCCAUUCACUGGUGACAACUACAUGUCUGAUGUGAUUCCUGUAGCUCCAGGUUCUGCUUUACCUUUCCCUUCUUAUUACUCGCGGUUUGAUGUGAAGACUUUUACCUUUGUGGAUCAGAACACAGAGAUGCCUCUUGCAGGACAGGUAUACAUUCACUGCAGCGCUUCUGCCUGUGUCCCCUCUCCAAGUGACAACUGCGCUACCGUGUGUAACAGACGUAAAAGAUCUGUCUAUAUGUUAAGCAAUAAGAGUGAUGUGGUGCUGGUAUCAUCAGAUGUUCCCAUCUACUUCGACAACUCUCUGCCAGAGAUGCAGAAUGACAGGGAAGGUCAGACUAUCCGGCGAGAGCGAUUAAGAUCAGCUCAGAGAACAUCCAGGAGAGACAGGCAACAACGUAAUGUCUCCGGAGUCAGAGCUCCUCCUCGGCAAAUACCAUCUGCCAGAGAGAGGAGCCGCUCUCCAAUAACACCUGCGCCGGCCCAAGACCCCCGACCAUCUGGGGAGAGCAGCCGGGAGAGUGCUGGGCCCACCACCCCCGAGUUCCGCCAUCCUCGGCCCAUACCACCGAGACGCAGGACCAGGGAGAUGCAGCCACCCAGGAGGUCUCCCAUACACCCUGCAGAACACCUCUUUAACAUCAUAAUACAGCUGCAGAGGAUGGGCACCAUGAGACCUCAGGCCAUACCACCGCCAGAGCCCCCAACGCCGGCUCCACUGGGUGUGCCCCACCAGCCUCCACCAAGCUCCAGGGCCGCGCAAAUCGGAGACCUCCCUGCAAGGACCAUCAAUGCAGAGGAGAAACAGUCUUGUGUCAUCUGCCUCACUGACUUCAUCCAGGGUGAGCAGGUGACAUCCCUGCCCUGCGGCCACAUCUACCACCAGGCCUGCAUCGACCAGUGGCUCCGGAAUAACACCCGCUGUCCCCUGUGCCGCAGGGACUGCUUUUAA